AUGGUAAACGAGCGAGAGGUAGAAAGUGAUUGUUUCACGCCUCGUGAUUAUCAGGUUGAACUGCUUGAGAAAGCAUGUCAGCGAAACAUUAUUGUGCAACUGGGAACAGGAUCAGGCAAAACAUUCAUAGCUGUACUGUUGUUGAAAGAGUUUUCUCUGCAAAUUCUGCCUCCCAUAAGUGCAGGUGGAAAGAGAGCAUUUUUUGUAGUUGAUAGAGUUGCUUUGGUUGAGCAACAGGCUGAACACAUCCAAACUCAAACUUUGUUAAAUGUGGGUCUGAUGCAUGGAAGUUUGAACAAUCAAAUAUGGUCUGAAAAGAAAAAAUUCACCGAUUUUCUUGAAGCCCAUAACGUCAUCGUUCUUACAGCACAAAUUCUUCUGAAUUUGCUCCACCAUGCAUUUGUUGAUCUGUCUAGUAUCGCAGUUCUGAUUUUCGACGAAUGUCAUCAUGCUUUAUCUGCUCAGCAUCCGUAUCACGGAAUUAUGAAAAAAUACAGAGAGAUUCCAAAAGAUGAGCGACCACGAAUGCUAGGUCUGACAGCUUCUCUCAUAAAUGACAAAACUCCGCCGUCUAAAUUAGAAAGAAAACUUCGAAAACUCGAAAAAGUCUUGGAUUCUGCGAUCGAAACAUCUUCAAAUCUUGUUUCGCUCAGCAAGUAUGGGGCUCGUCCAACUCAACACUAUGUCAGUUGUAAAGAAUUCGAUGUCACUACCGUACCUAAAGCCAAUGAAAUAAUUGAAGUUCUUGAGAGACAUUUGAAGUUCUGUAAUGAAACAACAUUGUUUGCAACGGAUUUGGAUCCUCGCCGUCCGAUCGUUGAAGGAUUGACGAGAACCCGUUCAGUUCUCAACAUACUGGGGCCAUGGGGUGCUUGGAAAGUCUCGCAAAUAUGGGAGAAACAAUUGAAAAAGUUGUCGAAACAGUCUAUUAUGCCAGAAAAAGCUACGGACUUCUUGGUUAUGGGAGAGACGUGUAUGCAAACAAUCAGGAAGCUUCUCUCACCAGUGAUGAGGAAUCUCAAUACUACAGAAAGUUUCAAAGAGUAUUUACCACAUAAGGUUGUGAGGUUGUUGGAAAUUUUGUCAGGUUAUUCGGAAGAGAACAAGCUUUCUUGUAUAAUUUUUGUUGAACAACGCUAUGUUGCUUACGUUCUGAGUAAUCUUCUGAAAACCAUUUCUCGACUGGAGCAGUUCAAAUUCAUAAGGCCUGACUACAUUGUCGGUUUCAGUGGAGGUAGUUUGUCGACUGAAGAUAGUCAGGGACACCACAAGCGACAAGAUGAUGUCUUGAAAAGCUUUAGACGUGGUGAUUGUAAUAUAAUUGUCUCAACGAAUGUGUUGGAAGAAGGAGUAGAUGUGCGUACUUGUAAUUUGGUGAUUAAAUUCGAUCGUCCACUAGACUACAGAGCUUAUGUCCAAUCAAAAGGACGAGCUAGAAAGGCAGGAGCUAACUAUGUCGUGCUUAUCGAGGAACAAGAGCUUGGUCAAGUCUCAGAAAGCAUUCGUAAUUUCUUGGAAAUUGAAAAAAUUCUUCUCAAAAGAUCUCGUAACGUUCAUAAUCCUAACACCGCUUGGGAUAGUGAUUAUAGUGUUGAUGAUCUCUUCCCGCCAUAUAGAGUCGAAGAAACUGGAGCAGUAGUCAAGCUUUCAUCUGCAAUUUCUUUGAUCAACAGAUAUUGUGCCAAAUUGCCUUCUGAUAUCUUCACUAGACUUGUACCUGAGAAUAGAAUCAUUCCUGUUCUUCACAACGGCAAAGUUAUGUACAAAGCUGAACUCUUGUUACCUAUUAAUUCACCAGUCAAGGAGCCUAUUCGUCUUAACACGCCUAUGAACAGCAAAAAAGUAGCUCAAAUGGCAGUCUCAUUAGAAGCCUGCAAGCUCUUGCACGCUAAAGGAGAGUUGAAUGAUAACUUAUUGCCUGUUGGAAGAGAGUCAAUUGCAAAUAUGAUGAGCCAUCUUGAUGAAGAUCCAGAUGAAUGGGCUCCAGGAAUUUCAGCUAAAGUUGGUUCAGUUAGAAGAAAGCAACUUUAUGACAAAAAGGUUGCUCGAGCCCUUCACGAUGCGCUUCCUAAGAUGGGGAAACCAUGUUACAUUUAUGUCAUGCAUUUGGAACUUGUCAAAGAGCCAUCUACAGCUCUGAACCCCAAAAAGAGAAAAUUCAGAAAGCCUGAAGAAUACAACAACGUUUUCGGUUUCUUGAGUGAAAAAUUACUGCCCAAGAUACCAUCGUUCCCAGCGUAUCUGAGACAAGGUGAUAUGAGAAUUCAUCUUGUUCGAGCUGCUGAUCCGAUCGUUCUUGAUGAAAACACCUUGAAUUUGUGUCAACAUUUCCAUCAUUACGUUUUCAAGAAUGUGUUGCAGUUAUUCAAAGCUAAUCUUGAAUUUGGGGUGGAUGCCAACACUCCUAUCAAUACAAUAGUUGUUCCCCUGUGUAUAGAAAAUAUUGACGGCAAAAAUACUUACAAAAUUAAUAUGCAGUACUUGUCUGACGUUGUCAAGAAUAUGGGUGUUAUGCCCAGAGUUCCACCCGCGGAAGAAAGAAAGAAUUUCAAAUUCAGACCAGAAGAUUAUACUGAUGCUGUAGUUAUGCCUUGGUAUAGAAACAUUGAUCAUCCUGUAUUCUACUAUGUAGCUGAGAUUCUAAAUGACAUGAGCCCAAAUUCUAAUUUCCCUGACUCGGAAUAUUCAACUUUCAACGAGUAUUUCAUCAAAAAGUAUAACUUGGAGAUUUACGAUCAAGAACAAAGUUUAUUGGAUGUGGAUUUCACUUCCAAUCGUCUGAAUCUUCUCCUACCCAGAAAUGGCCCAGGUAAAAGGAAGACGAGAACGGAUGCAUCCAGUUCCCAACAACAAAUAUUCGUUCCUGAGUUGAUGGAGCGACAUCCUAUAAAUGCUACCUUGUGGAAUCUAAUAGCAGCUCUUCCUAGUUUCUUCUAUAGAUUAAACCAUCUUCUGCUUGCCGAUGAGCUACGCUCACGCGUGAUGACAGAUGCUCUGGGUUACUCAACGAAUGAUACUGUGCCUGGAGAAGACUUUGACUGGAGUCCGUUAUCCUAUCCAGCUACAUAUGAAGAGAAACAGUUCUUGAUUGUUUCGAAAAUUCAACAGUUGCGCGAGUUCAAUAAAACAACCGAACAGACAGUAGAAAUUAGCGAGCCUCACUUCCCUGUCACUAAUGAGAAUUAUGAAAUUGGUGUUUGGGAUCCAAGCUGUUUCAUGACCGAACCAGUUGCUCUCCCUGUUAUUGAUAAUGAAGUUGAUGAAACGGUUGGCUUAAUAUCAUCAAAUGUUCGUGGUGGAGAUAUGUCUGAUGAUGAAGAGGAAGGGGAAGCUAUAGUCAUGACUGAUUUUGUGAAAUCUUUGAUUGAAAUGACAGAGGCUCAGCCAGAUUUCGCUGCUCCGCGUGUUGAUUUGAUUGGAAAUGAAUGUGGAUGGGGUGACUUAGAUGAUCACGUGUCUGAUUCUCCAUUCCAAAUCAUUGAUAUUGAUUCGAAUGGUAUUAACAUGAGUGCCUUGAUGGCUGAUGUGAGUCGACAGAUAAUGCCAACCGUAGAUGUUUUACCAGCCACAAGAAAAGCUGAUCAGAAGGCACAAGAAGAUACGAUGAAGAAAAUGUAUGUGGAUGCUAUGGAGAAGUUCAAAACAGAAGAGAGAGACCGAGUUGUAGAGGAAGAAGUUAUUGAUUUGGCGCUGUAUGAUACAUUGGAAGAUGAUGCUGCGCUGGGGAUCGAUGAGUUUGAUGAUGAGGACGCCGAGUUCAAGGUGUUAGAAGAUGGCGAACAAGACAAAAACAGGAAAGAUUUCAAAUCCCUCGAAUGCUUGCCUAAGAUUAAGCGCGAAGGAGAAAUUCUUGCACCUCUCAAUGAUUUCAAGUUCUCAUUCCGUAAGCCGUCUCCUACCGUUUCGAGGAUUCCUGAGGAGGGAGUUCACGGUGACGACUUGAUGAUAAAAAAUCCUUACGGAGUCUCACCUGCGUUACUGCUGAUGGCUCUCACAACAUCUAAUGCUAAUGACGGAAUCAGUUUGGAGCGAUUAGAAACUAUCGGGGAUUCCUUCUUAAAAUACUCAGUUACCGAUUAUUUAUAUCAUUCACACUUCGAUCAACACGAAGGAAAGUUAUCGUUCGCAAGAAGUAAAGAGGUUUCGAAUUGCAAUCUCUAUCGUCUUGGUAAAAAGCUUGGAGUUCCAAACUUGAUUGUAGGAUCUAAGUUCGAUGUCCAGGAUUCCUGGUUGCCACCUUGUUAUGUUCCGACUGUAGACUUCAAAGCGCCCAAUUCCGAAGAUGCCGAAGAGAGAGAUAAGUUUAUAGAGGAUGUCCUUGAUGGAAAGAAGGAUGUCACUGAAGAGGUGAAAGCUCCCACUGGUUGGGAUCAGGUAGAUGGAAUGGACUCCAGAAAGUUAGUGGAUGGCGUGGAAACUAUUACAUUUACCAAGCCAUCCGCUUCUUCAGCUGCGAUGGAAGAAAUUUCCCCGCUUCCUUAUAAUAUGCUUACUCAACAAUACAUUAGCGACAAAUCUAUUGCUGAUGCCGUUGAAGCUAUCAUUGGAGCUCAUCUCCUAACACUUGGCCCUAAACCAACUCUGAAAGUUAUGAAAUGGAUUGGCCUGAAAGUAUUGGUUGAUGACGUUGUAUCUCAAGCACCUCUUUUACGUUUUAUUGACACACCGGAGCAUCCUACUCGAUCAGAAGAUCAACUUUCUCUUCUGUUCACUCAAUAUAAGUUCGGUGAUUUGGAGGAAGUAAUAGGAUAUCGCUUCCACGAUAAAGCCUAUCUUCUACAAGCCUUUACACACGCUAGUUAUUAUAAAAACCGUAUCACUGGAUGCUAUCAGAGACUCGAGUUUUUGGGUGACGCUGUGUUGGAUUACAUGAUCACAAGAUUUUUAUUUGAGGAUGGUCGUCAAUAUAGUCCCGGGGUGUUGACAGAUUUGCGGUCGGCCCUUGUCAACAACACAAUCUUUGCCAGCUUAGCUGUGAAGUUUGAAUUUCAUAAGCAUUUUCUGGCUAUGUGUCCAGGCUUACAUCACAUGAUUGAGAAGUUCGUAGCAUUAUGUCGUGAGAGAAACUUUUUUGAUGCCAAUUUCAAUGCGGAGAUGUACAUGGUAACGACUGAGGAAGAGUUUGAUGAAGGACAAGAAGAAGAUAUUGAAGUUCCCAAGGCGUUAAGUGACAUCUUCGAAAGUGUCGCAGGUGCUAUAUAUCUGGAUUCUGGUCGCAAUCUCGAUGUUGUUUGGAGAGUUUUUCAUAAUUUAAUGAAGAGUACUAUCGAAGAAUGCUGUGCUAACCCCCCAAGAUCUCCAAUCAGAGAACUUAUGGAGCUCGAGCCAACAAAGACUAGAUUCAGCAAAAUGGAAAGAAUCACAGAAAAUGGAAAAGUGCGAGUAACUGUUGAAGUGAGCAAUAAGAUGAAGUUCACUGGAAUGGGAAGGAAUUAUAGGAUCGCUAAGACGACAGCGGCCAAGCGGGCGUUGAGAUACUUGAAAUCUUUGGAAGAGCAGAAGCUCCGAGAGAUGACGAAGAAAAACGAAUCUGUAUUCUCUCAGAAUGAUUAA